AUGAAAGGAGCUGCUUCAGUGAGUUUGUCAACGAUGAAGAGGGAAUUUACUCAGGCUUUGCGAUGCUUUUCUUCGAUGUUAGAAAACAUAUCUUGUCACAACUACACAAGGAAAGCAUUCUAUACAGUUCUCAAAACUGAAGAUAUAUCACUAAAUGAAGCAUAUCUUAGGACAAAGCAAAAAUGUGAAUCUAAGAAAUUGCCAUUUGAUGUGAAUAUGAAAGGUGUAUUUGCGUGUAAUGAAUUGGAUUUGAAAGAAGUCAAAGUUUACGGAUUCGAUUACGAUUAUACACUUGCAGUUUAUAAGCCAUCUAUGGACCUCUUGCUGUAUAACUUAGGAAUGGAGUCACUAAUAACUAAAUUCAAGUAUCCGCAUGGUAUUGCUAAAAUGCCAUACCUCCCUCACUUUGCCAUCCGAGGAUUACAUUAUGAUAUUGAAAAAGGGCUUCUAAUGAAGUUAGAUUCCUUCUUACAAAUUCAGUUAGGAACUGUUUUUCGUGGCCUUUCACGAGUGUCUGAUGAAGAAGUGCUGAGAUUGUACAAAAACAAGACAGUUCCUAUUGCUUAUGUCGAGAGUCCUGGAAAGAACUCGCAGUACCUUACUACGAAAAUGGUCCAGUUGGCAGACCUGUUUUCAGUUCCUGAAAUGUGCCUUUUGUGCAAUGUAGCUGAAUAUUUUGAAAGGAACAGUAUUGAUUAUAACCCUCAAAUAUUAUUUCAAGAUGUGAAGACCUCUGUUGGAUCAAGUCAUCCUGUAAUGCAUAAACAUCUAUUAACUGAUAUAUCAGAGUACCUGGAUACAAACCCAGGCCUCAGGGAAUGGUUCAGAAAACUCGUCCAAGCUGGAAAAAAAUUGUUUCUAGUAACCAACAGCCCUUAUCAGUUUGUUAAUCGAGGGAUGCAGCUAAUGGUGGGAAAUGACUGGGAAUCCUUUUUUGAUGUAAUUAUUGUACAGGCUAGAAAACCGAGCUUUUUCACUGAUGAGAGUCGGCCUGUCAGGAUUUAUGAUAGAGAGCUUGAUACUCAUUUGUGGGAUAAAGUUUCCAGGCUGCAAAAGGGAUUUAUUUAUUAUGAGGGGACAGUUAACCAAUUACAGGACCUAACAGGGUGGAGAGGAAGUGAGGUGCUGUACUUUGGUGACCAUCCUUACAGUGAUCUAGCAGACGUUACCCUAGAACACGGCUGGAGAACGGGUGCUAUUAUUCAAGAGCUUACGCAUGAAAUAGCUACAUUAAAUAAAGAAAACUUCAAGAAGAAUUGUAAUUGGCUUCAAAUGUUAACCCAACUUAUUGAGGAGUGCCAGGACGUGGACGAGAUUGGAGCCAAAGAAACACUUGCUUCUUGGAUGGCUGAAAGGGAUCGUAUAAGGAAUGAGACGAAGAAUGUGUUCAACCCUCAGUUCGGUUCAGUUUUCCGGACGUACCACAACCCCACCUAUUUCUCUAGGAGGCUCUUCAGGUUUGCCGAUAUUUACACAUCUAAUGUUACAAAUCUCCUCCAUUUUUCAGUAGACCACGUUUUCUAUCCGAGGAGAGGUGUUAUGCCUCAUGAAUAUUCUUCGUACUUUGUUUAGCUUUUAUAAAAAAAAUUUGAUAGAGGGGAAAACAACAAUUAAAGAUGUUUUUUAUCUCUAUUUGAUUCUAUAUCGUGAGUUAUAAUUUAUUAUAUAAUUAUUAUUUUUCUAUCUACCCUCAAUACGUUUUUGUCAGAUAGACCAUAUUUUAAAAUAACCUUCAAAUAAUUAUUUUUGUUUUAGAUUUCUUUUGUCAUAACUGUCAUUCCAUUUUCCAAUCAUUACAGGGAGAACAGUUGCUAUUAAUAUUUUCACUUCAAUUUGUUUUAUUAUUAUCGAUAGUUUUUUAAUGUCGGAUGAAAUUAAUUUGUUAUAAUUAGUCCUCCUUUACGUAAAUUAAAUUACAGAGAAGUAAUUUUUUUGAAAUUUAACAAAAAAAU